AUGGAUAAUCUCAAGGAAUUACUUAAACCAAAAACGUUUAACACAGUUAGCCAUGCCGCAGUUGUUAUUUGGAUCCUGAUCGGUGUAAUCUUCCUUGGCAUUUUUGCAGACGCAGAAAACAGCGAAUCCAGGUAUGAUUUCCGCUGUGGCGGGGCGAAGAGUGAAAACAUCGACCUUGUCCGUGGAAGAUGUUUCGAGUUAUACGAGAAGCAGUAUAACAAACACGAUGUUCCUAUCUAUGCCUUCGUGAUCAUGAAUUUCUUCCUCAUCGGAACUGUCUGUGCUAUUUACUCCCAAAUAGCGAGCCUCACAAUCGAUCAACUGUCGCCAAGCGCUCGUAACGGUGAUCUCGAGGGGCAGUUGCGCGACCAAAGAAACGCACUUUCUAGUAAAAAGCUGUUUAUCGCUUACUGCUGUCAACUUUUCGCAAGGAUUGUUUUAGGAGUUCUCUUCAUGGUUCUACAAAAACAGUUUCUUUAUCCUCGGGACUUCCCCCCCAACUUCCCUUGUUAUCUAACCUCUGGAGGGAGUCAGCCAAGGAAUUCUACUGGCGUCUGGCACGAGUGUCAUAAUCAACGAGCAACUAAGAAAAACUCCUGGAUGCGCGCUGUUCUUGUCGUGAACGGAAUUUUUCUCUUUGGCAUUCUGUUAGAAACCGUCUAUAUUUUGCUACGAGCGUGGAAAGAGGAUAGUUUCAUGAAAAAUUCCAAGUUUCUAAAGGCUCACCUGAAUCCCUUCCAUGCCGACUCGCAAAAUGCUACCACAUCGACUCGGUUGAGACCUGAACCUCCGCAGCAAGAAGAAAGAACAGAGCAAGAAACGAACGUCCCACAAGAACAACACCAGGAAGAGGAAAGUAAAGAAAAUGAAACGAACAUCCCACAUCUGCCAAGCAAGCCUCAACAACUCCGAAAACCACCGCUUCAGGAAUUCAUCGAGAAUACAAAGAAAAUUAUUAAAGAAGAGACAAAUCAACCUCCCCAACUCCGGUCGCCUUUUUCAAGUACUCCCGGCGAAGGACGCCCAGCUAAACAUUUGACUCUGGAUCAGAUUUACACAAACCUUGUCGUUGUUCCAGACAUGGCUAAUUAUGACUUUACAGGAGACAGACGGCAGAAACUUGAAGUCUACACCAGAUCGGGUGGGGAAAACACAACACCAAAAGGGCCGGAGGACAUUCUUAACCAAAAAAACAAAAACGUUUUGAUUGUUGGUCGUCCCGGAAUCGGAAAGACACUUUGCUGUACCAAACUCCUCAGAGACUGGGCAUUUAACAAAGUAUUCCAUGAAUCAUCUGAUGAUAAAAUCCAUUUUGAUGCUGCUUUCUUCAUCAAAUUCAGAGCAUUCAACGCGGCAACCGACCUUAGCCUCCGGGAACUGCUCACAUCGUCAGAACAUUCCCCCUCAGAUCACAUAGAUGAUGAAGUCUGGAAUUACAUCCUUGAGAACCCCCAAAGAGUUCUCCUAAUUUUCGACGGAAUCGAUGAAUUUAAACAUAAUUCAAAGAUCGGCGAGGAAAACUUCGAGCCUCAAUUUAAAAAUCGCGCAGACGAUAAGAUGCCCUUGUAUGCUCUAUACGAGAAACUCGCGACUGGGAAACUUCUUAACGGAGCUGCCGUUUUGACAACCACAAGACCUACAGCUUUGUCAUGCAUCGAGCGUGUUAAUUUCGACAAAGUCUUCGAGAUCCUCGGCUUCUCAUCCGAACAAGUCGAAGAGUACGUAACCAAAUUUGCUGAGGAGGACAAGCAUGCGGGCAAAACAAUAUGGCGACACAUCGGCGGCAACAGGAACAUUCUCUCUCUAUGCUACAUUCCUGCGAGUUGCUUCAUCAUUUGCUCAAGUCUCUUUCAAAUGGCGAAGUUCUACGGUUCUAAAAGUCUUAGUCUACCAACGAAAUUAACAGAUAUUUACAAGAAAGCAGUGAAAAUAUUUUACUUAAGACACAACGAAGAAUUCCGCGGCAAGAAUUUCACUCGCGAAAAUUUUGAAUCAGAUAAUUUGCCCCCUAACGUAGAAAAGAAAUUCGAGAAACUUGAAAAAAUGGCAUUUGAAGGAAUUAAAAAAGGAAGGCUGGUCUUCGGGGGAAACGAAGUACGCGGAUUGGAAGGCAGCGCUCUUUUUCACCGCUUACCCGACCGUGAAACUACUCCGCUAAAACGUGAACAACAAUUCUGUUUCAUUCAUUUAACAAUGCAAGAGUUUUUCGCUGCGAGGCACCUAGCAAACAUGGAUGAAACAGAACUGAGGAACUUUGUUUCUACGAACAUCGCGGACGGCAAAUGGCAGCUGGUUUUUCAGUUUCUAGCAGGACUAAUGAACGAGAAAGAAAACCUACCGAGCGAAAUCAUCACAGACCUUCUUCCUGUGGAAACUGAAGAGAAAGAAGACGAGUGGUACAACGAAGAGUGGACAGAGGAUAUGGAGCCAAGGAAAGUAACUUGUUGGCCGACUGGAGACAAAAAACAUUUAGCAGUGACAUUAUUUAAAUGCAUUAACGAAAGUAGUGCGAUGGAGGAAAUAGUUCAGAGAAAACUACAACAAAUUAACUUUAAUUUUGUAAAUUUUAAUGAUUGUCAACUCACACCUGUUGAUUGUGCUUCAGUAGUUACUGUAAUUAAGAAUGUUCAGCAAAUUUCACAUUUAGAUUUGGCUUACAAUAACUUUGGUCCAUUAGGUUGUUUUGAAAUUUGUAAGUUGUUAAAAUGUAGUAAAUCUCAACUGAGCUGGUUAGACCUCACAGGAAAUCAAUUGACCAAAGAAGCAGCAAAGUAUUUAGCUGAAGCCAUCAACAACAACAACUGUCAGCUACGCAUGUUAAACCUCUCAGCAAAUAACAUCUCACACAUUGGAGCACAGCACUUGGCUGAAGCCAUCAACAACAACAACUGUCAGCUACGCACGUUAAUCCUCUCAGCAAAUAACAUCUCAGACAUUGGAGCACAGCACUUGGCUGAAGCCAUCAACAACAACAACUGUCAGCUACGCACGUUAAACCUCUGGGGAAAUAACAUCUCAGACAUUGGAGCACAGCACUUGGCUGAAGCCAUCAACAACAACAACUGUCAGCUACGCACGUUAUACCUCUCACACAAUAACAUCUCAGACAUUGGAGCACAGCACUUGGCUGAAGCCAUCAACAACAACAACUGUCAGCUACGCACGUUAGACCUCUCAGAAAAUAACAUCUCAGACAUUGGAGCACAGCACUUGGCUGAAGCCAUCAACAACAACAACUGUCAGCUACGCACGUUAGACCUCACAAGAAAUAACAUCACAGAAGCAGGUAAACAACACGCAAAGAAUUUACUUAGCAAUAGUCAGUCUAACUGUCGCCUUAUUAUCUAACAUCGCCAAUUCACAAAUAAUUGCUUAAUCUGGAAAAAAAGUUAAAUAAUCACUUACAAUUCAAAAUGUGAGGCAACCAGCUCAGUGACAAUUACAACACAACCACUAAAAUCGUGAAUGAACGAAAGAAAACAAAGUUUGUGAAGCGCUCAGAGCAGAGAGAUUAUUUGAACCGGAUCGAAAUGAAGAAAAAUGAACCAAUGAACAUGUUUAUUGAGAACAAAGGAUGUCAAAGUGUCUUUUUUUGUAAACGAACCAAUUAACAUUGAAGUUAAAACACAAAACUUACUGCAUAGAAAACAAACAAACCUCGGACCUCUCAGGAAACUUUAUCAUUUUAUGAUUGGUUUAUUUCGAUCCUAAAUUUACUGUAUGCUUUUGUAUGAUUUGAUCAUUUAUGUCUGUCACAAGAAAUAGUUUUGUUUAGUUUAUUGAAGUUUUUUUGGAGAUUAUAGGCGGAUCAGAUGAGUAAAUACGAUUCAGAUCGCUUGCAAGGAUAAAAGUUUUCUUUUUUUUUGGGUUUGUUUUUCUUUUUUUGUUUGUUUUUCUUUUCGAUCAAAAGAAUCCGGUUCAAGUAGUUUCAUACUGUACACAAAUUGUAAAUAUGUAAACCCAUUACUUUUCAAAGACAAAAGACUUUAUUGUAGGUUAGUGGUGUGAGACAUAUAUUACGUUACACAAUUUUUUAAGGUGUAUGCAGUAGCUUUAAAUAUUGGAGUGUUUUUGCACAUAUUUUUUGCCUGUUACUAUUACCAUGAUAAAAUGAAAAACUUUGACAGUUGAGAUUUCACUGACUAGUAUUUGUAGAUAAGAGCAGAACUCCUAAGUUUAUCAGAUGAUUGUUGAAUAAAUCAUGUA